CAAAUACAAAAACGCACAUGAGACCGCACUCCCUUGGUUCUCUCUAUUGCAUGCUUUACCAGACUGCAAGUGGAGAGGAGAAGGGUGGGUGACAUUACGACAAGCAAGAGACUGAAUCACGCUGAAUGAAAAUAAACCUUUAUGACGGUAAAGACAGUAAAAGCGGCUUUCUGAACUUCCUGACCAGUCGCCUACGUCAGACUGAACAACCCAGUGUUGGGUUGCUGAAUGUAGGCCAAAGGUCAUCAACAAAAGCGCAGUCACUGAUGACAUGGAGUUGCAACAUGACCCGGAUGUGCAGUUUAAGCUGGCUUAUUCAGAUUCGGAAAGAAUAGACCCAGAGCUCAAAACCCGAUCGAGGGGGCAGUGGUCCAAUAAAGUGGAAUUUAUAUUAGCUGUAGCGGGACAGAUCAUCGGUUUGGGAAACGUGUGGAGGUUUCCAUAUCUGUGUUACAAAAAUGGAGGAGGAGUGUUUUUUAUUCCAUAUGUGGUUUUUCUGUUCGCCUGUGGCAUUCCUCUGUUUCUCCUGGAGACCGCACUGGGUCAGUACACCAGUCAAGGGUCUAUCACCUGCUGGAGGAAGAUCUGCCCACUGUUUGAAGGUCUGGGUUAUGGAAAUCAGGUGGUCGUCUUAUAUUCCAGUAUCUACUACAUCGUUAUUCUGGCCUGGGCUUUCUUCUAUCUUUUUUCCUCUUUUAGCGGUGAACUACCAUGGGCCAGCUGCAAGAACUGGUGGAAUUCAGAUACCUGUGUUGAGUUUGACCGAAUGGCGGACGCAAAAAAUUUAAGCUUUGCGGUGAACGCAACAUCACCUGUUAAAGAAUUUUGGGAGAGGCGGGUAUUGAAUUUAACAGGAAGUGUGAAUGAGCUGGGCAGCGUAAGGUGGGAACUUGCCCUAUGUCUCCUGUUGGCCUGGAUCAUCUGCUACUUCUGUGUGUGGAAGGGAGUGAAGUCCACGGGCAAGGUUGUGUAUUUCACCGCUACUUUUCCAUAUUUAAUGCUGCUGGUACUUCUGAUUCGAGGUCUUACGCUGCCUGGGGCCAUAGAUGGCAUCACUUUCUACCUCUACCCUAAUCCAACACGCCUCGCUGAUCCGCAGGUGUGGAUGGAUGCUGGAACACAGAUCUUUUAUUCCUAUGCGCUUUGCAUUGGGUGUCUAACCGCUUUGGGAAGCUACAAUAAGUAUAACAACAACUGCUACAAAGAUUGCGUGUAUCUGUGCCUGUUAAACAGUGGAACCAGUUUUGUGGCUGGCUUUGCCAUCUUUUCAGUUUUGGGUUUUAUGGCGUUCGAACAGGGGGUUGAUAUUUCAACGGUGGCAGAGUCAGGUCCUGGUCUGGCCUUCAUCGCAUACCCGAGAGCUGUAGCGAUGAUGCCCGUGCCUCAGCUGUGGUCUGUAUGUUUCUUUCUCAUGAUUAUUCUGCUGGGGCUUGACAGCGAGUUUGUAGGUCUGGAGGCUCUCAUGACAGCCAUAUCGGACAUGUAUCCAACAUUCUUCCUUCAAGGACACCGUCGGAAACUCUUUCUUCUCCUCAUUUGUGUGUGCAGCUUCCUCAUUGGCCUUUUAAUGGUGACAGAGGGUGGCCUGUAUAUCUUCCAGUUAUUUGAUUAUUAUGCCUGUAGUGGAAUGACACUCCUGCUAUUUGCUAUUGCACAGUCAAUAUGUAUUGGCUGGUUUUAUGGCGCUGAUCGUCUGUAUGAAAACAUUGUAGACAUGAUUGGAUAUCGUCCUUUGUCUCUCAUGAAAUACUGCUGGAAGUACAUCACUCCUAUUGUGUGUAUAGCCACAUUCAUUUUCUCUUUGGUUAAGUUCACUCCUUUAAAGUUUAACAACUCAUUUGAAUACCCAUGGUGGGGCUACGCUGUCGGCUUGUGGUUCACCCUAUCCUCAACCUUGCUGAUUCCCUUAUGGAUGAUCUAUGUUAUUGUCAUUACUCCUGGUACACUGAAACAGAGAAUGAAAACCCUCUGCACUCCAUCCAAUGACCUGCUUUUGAUAUCAGAAAGACAAAAGGAAAGCCUGUGACCUCAACAUGAAGUACAACAUGUUCAUUAAGUCCUGAUAGAGACACAUUACAAAAAGCAUCCUUUGACUGUAACAGGACAACUGUAGAUAUGGUCAGUGCCUUUUAAGAUACACGUUCACGUGGGAUUCCAAGAAGGCAACACAAUCUGUUAACUACUGACUAUACUUUCUAAACAGUAUUUACUGUAAUAUACUGAGGUGGGGAUUCACUAAUAAUUAAUUGUGCCUACUGAUAGUUCGGUUUAUUUGCACAUUUUAACAGCUGAUAUGCUAAAAGAAUUUUAAAUCUGGAAAAGACACAAACACAUCCAAAAAUUUGUGCUAAAAGUUGUUGGCAUGUGAAGGCUGUGAAAAAUUGGACCUCUACAGACAAAUGUGUCUACCUUGGGACCCUAGAGCUAUUCUAUUGGCUUUGACCAUUGACAAUUGGUUUUGGCUGGAAACCUUUAGUGUGAAUUCUGUAUGAAUAUGCCAACUACAUAAAUACAACUAAUAAUGUCGAUAAAAAAAUCUUAAUUCGUUCCCCACUUUCGACAGAUUUUGUCUUUAAAAAUCAUUGAAACUUUGCAUUGCACUUCUCAUAUUAUUGCCUCUCUAAGAUCAAUCGCAUUAUAAGUUGCUUUGAAUAAAAGCAUCUGCUAAAUGUAAGUUAUUUUAUGUUAAAUAUAACUGAAGCUAUACGUUGUAAAAUUAAAUAUAGCCUGUUAUUUUUUAUUUUGUUAGCCUAUGUUUUAAAGUCAACCAUUAUUUAGGCUAGUUUAUCAUAUACUGUACACUUAAGCAAAUCCCUUCACACUUACAGCAUUACCUAAUGCAGGAGUCCUAAGGUGGACAAAUUUGACUGGUCCGAGUACGGGGUCAUGGAGGACACCAUUACCACAACCUAUACAUCAUCAAUUUAGCACUGCAACUUGAAUUGCCACGUAGGAAAAAUGAAAGUCUGAUUAUAUGCAUUGUUCUAAAUUGUAAUUUAUUCUUUCAUGAUCGCUUGAAAAUGUACAAAAAUAUUUAUUUAAACAAUCACUUGCAUUUAAUGGGGAUAACUGCAGAUAACACUGGGUUUUGCAAAUAAGACUCAACUUUAGUGAUAAGUUAAAAAUUUAGUGACCCUUAUUUACAAAGGAAAAAUCAAAAUUGUGCUACAAAGUAAUUUAUUACUAUAUAUGAGAAUUAGUUCAUCUGUUUAAAUACUCAAAACACAAUUUUUUUGUUUUUGAGCUAAAAUAUCACAUGCCUUGGUUUUUAGUUAUCAGAACACUAAAAGUAGCACAUUAUAAAAGUUAUCAAAUACAAAAUAUAGAAGCACAAUAUCUAUAGAACUGUAUCUAAAGACAUCUGUUGUCCUUAACUUUUACAGCGUCAUGAACUCUCUGUAUUAUAAACAGCUGUACGAAAUAAGAUAGCAGUGGGCACAGCUGAUACUAAAAAACAUCACAAUAUUAAGAAAAGGGACCAGUGACAUUUUGCAUGGACCAGUGUUCAUUAACUGAAAGUAAAACAUAUUAUCAAAACCUUUAUUAUCAUAUACUAACUGUAGACAGUCUGCAGGAAAUGGUUAAAGCAAAAUGAUAAGUACAAGGUACGCUCUGUUAAUUUAAUCAAGUCGAGAAACUUAUUUGUAUAGCAUUUUUUUACAAUAAGCAUUAUUUUGAAGCAGCUUUACAGAAAAUCAUAUUACAUAAUCAUAAGCAUAAUUCAAAUCAAUGUUCCCAAACAAGGAACAUUAAAAGUUUUAAAAAAUAUUCAAGAUUGUUUUGUCAGUCAACCUUUGCUCUGCUGUGCCUAAGGCAAUUACAUGUGUUUAAGCAAUGUUGAUUGUGUUGUGUUUUAAUGUUACAAAUGUUAUAAAAUCACAGAACUGUUAAAUAGAAUUAUAUUUUGGUCCUUAAAUUGUCUUAAAUGUACAGAUUGUUUAUUUUUUUAGUAAGGGAAUAUUUGUAGGGUAUUUAAACUUAAAUGUACAUAGUUACAUAUAAUGAACUGAUUCACUAGAAAGGCCAAUGUUUGACAAUGUGCCAUGAAAUUUUAAUAAACACUUUUCAAAUUAACAACCAAA